AUGCCUCCCAACCCAAGAAUUGACAACAACACUCUUGUUUGGAAUGCUAUAUCCAAACAACUUGAUAUUGCAGAUGAGUUCAGGGGAAUCUGGAAUAAGCUUGACCAUGAUCGCUUGAUCGCAGAUGUGGGUGUUGCCAACAAGAAUGCAGCCCAUCAUAGAUUCAGGAGAUGGUCAUCCUCGAUGGCUGAGCAAAGCGGUCAGUCAAGCCCAGACAAUGAGGAGAUGGGAGAAGCUGUGAGCCACGAUGAAUCGCUCGCGAGGGGUCGGAAGAGGGGCGUGAAACUUUCAUUGAAGAACGCGAUCAAGGCGGAAGAAAAUGUGCCCGUGUUGAACAAGAAAGUUGCAGGAAAGGAAGUAGCUACUGAAACUGCAAGAGUCUCGUUAGACACCAACGAAGAUGACGAGGAAGAAGACAAUUGA